UCAACGAUUUAACUAUUGUCGUCAGUUACGUGUGGUUGUCAGAUAACGUAAAGAAAGUGCGAGUGCUUCCUGUAAACGUAGGAAAUUACAAUGAAAUGCUACAGAAAUAGAAUUGAAAACGGACCUUUUCUUCAUUAUCGUAACAAACACGUUCCUCAAUGGCGACUUCAUUUGGCUGUUGGACUUCUUUGUGGUACAUUGUUGGCCAUUUGGAAUGGGUUGGGAUCGCUAAAUGCCACAGUUGAUUGGUCAAUCCAGUUUGCCCAUGAACCCAUAGCUCGGCCUUUCAAAGUACCUGGCCCUGAUUCUCUUUGUCCACCAUUCAAGAGUGGUGAUACAGAACGAAUCAAUUUCAUCGAAAGCACCGGUCAGGAAUGUUUAACACCACGGCAAGCUUGUGGUGUCGAGUCGGCAGCUCGUGCAAAUAGCAAAAUGGACAUUAAAGUUUACCUCAAUAUAGCAAAAAUUGGGCCUCCUGGAUGGGACGAUUUACUCAGACGACCAGGGCGCGUCCGUUCGUGUUCUUUUAAUCAAAUGUUGGAGAAUGAAUUUAGCAACGUUGAGAUGAUAAGAGCAAAUUUCACUACCAUUCUGAAAAACAGCUCAUUUCGUCCGCUAAUCGACUCUGGCAAUUUCCACACAAGUCAUUGGUCUGUCGUGCAAGUCAGCGAUGCCAUACGUCUCAUAUUACUGCAAACAUAUGGCGGCUAUUAUUUGGAUUUUGACAACAUUGUUUUCCGUUCACUUCAUUGUUUGCGUAAUGGAUUCUCGUAUUUGGAAGAGCAUCCUAAUAUCGAAAAUGGAAUCAUGGUGAUGGACAAAGAUCAUCCGUUCCUAUCAUUCCUCAUUCGUUAUCUGAUGCAAACGUACAGCCCGAAGGCGCGUGUCAGUUUGGGACCACCUGCUUUUGGGAAAGCAUUCAAACUGUUUUGUCAAAUCAAUGAUCCUCUAUUCAAAUCUGGGCUGCAUCAAUGUCUCGGUAGUUCAAACCUGACUCUCUAUCAUCCUGACAGUUUCUUCCCUGUGAGACAUUACGAACUGGGACAUUUCUAUUCAACAAGAUGGGAAGGAUUAAACAUACAGAAAAUGGAACACGCAUACCUCACUCACGUCUACCUCUCCAGCUGGGGAAGAAAAGUGCAUCCUAAUUCUUUGUAUUCACGCUUAGCUAGACAAUAUUGUCCAACUGUUUGGCAUUUGACAAAGGAAUCCAACAUUCCUCUGGGAUUUUAAUUAUCUUUUUCUUUAGAAACAAUGGUAGUGUCCAAGAUCUCUCUUGCACCUAUAGCUUUCAUGUCUGUGACUGUGAUGUAUAGCGUAAUUAUAAAAAGGUUUAUGUUUUAUAGAAAUUUAUUGAAAUAUAAAGGGGGUACAACA